AUGGGCAUGCUGGAGCAGGCCAUGUACAUCGCUGUGCCCAAGUACAGCAAGGUCUCCGAGACGGUGGACGUGGGCUCCAGCUGCGGCGCCGAGCAGGAGGUGAGUCUGAACCGCUUGGGCUUCAUCUCCGGCCUGGAGAGUGUGCUCUACGACGAGCCGUCGCGGUCCACCUGCCGCGUCCUGGCGGAGAGCCGCCUGCUCUUCCUGAAGCGAUCCGAGCUACAGGCGCUGGCCGCUCGGCCCAGGGCGGUGCCUCGAGGCCUCCGGUGA